GCGGCGGUGCUGGGGGCGCUGCUUCGUGGCUCGAGCCGUCGGCAGUCAGGAUUUGCCAAAGAAAUAUACCCAACUGUGAUGGACUAGCCGCAAAAUAAAAGAUGGCGACUGAGGUCAAUCAAACUUUUUUCGCAUGGUCGCAGGGAGAAACAACUGACAUGGGUCUUUCUCAGGGAGCUCCAGUAUCCCAGAAACUUAAUCAUGGUUCCAUAUCGUUCGGAAGAUUUGAAUUGGAGUCACUAUCAUGGGAGAAGUGGUCUGUAUUUACAAACGACAGUCGUAGUGAAGAAUUUGGUAAGUUCAAUGGUUUAGUUGCUCAGAAGAAGGCAUAUUUUGAAGAGUACUACAAGAGGAUUAGGGAGCUUAAGGCUUCACAGCAGCAAAUUCAGCAAACUGAACUUACCUUGGAAUACAGUGGUGAUGGUAGUGAUUCUAGCCAAACAGGAGAAGAAAUGCAAGCUGAAGAUCUUGAAACUCCAACAGCAUCUGGAACAAUUGUUUAUGAUGAUUAUGUGGAAGAAGCUACACAUGAGACAACCUCUGAACAGGGCAUGCAAUGCUAUCAUGACCAUAAAGAUGAAGACUUUCAUCUGGAAUUUUCGCCAUCCAAUGUUACUUCAGCAGCGAGAAUUUCACAGCAAACUAACAAAGAUACUAGAGAAAAUGCCGGUGGUGACAAUUCAGAUCCUGUAGAUACUGAAAAUGCAAGUUGUGGUCAUGCCAGUCUUGGAGCAGCUUAUGGAAAUGCAAAGGCUCCUAAAAGAAUUAUUGGCAAAGACCCCAGACUUAGAUAUGCUUCAAUGAUAAUACCAAAAUCAGUCAAAACGAUUCCAGGCAGUCCUCUGGACCGCACAUCUGUUAGUAAGAGGCCUGCUUCAGUGAAGCACAGUAUGACUAUGAACCAGAAAACUAAAACAGAUAAGCUCCGUAGCACGAAUGUGACUCCUCAGAAGGCUGCGGGCGUGGCACAGACUCGCAAGCCUACGGCAAAAGAAGCUCCUGAGGUUACAGGUGUCAGAAGACCCUCUUCGGCUUCCGCGCGGAUGCCAUCUGUGGGAGAGCGACAUCCGAUCACCAGGGCAAGUGUUAAGAAGCCUGCUGAUGUCUCCGCCCCACGACGCCCUUCCUCUGCCGAAAGACGCCCAGUCACCAGAGAGAGUGCACAGAAGCAAGCCACUGUCACCACGCCAUGUCGACCUUCUACUUCUGAGAGACGCCCUGUCAGCAGAGGGAGUGCAGCAAAGCAUGCUGACAUCGCAACUACACGCCGACCCUCUACAGGAGAAAGACGCCCUAUUACCAGGGAUAGUGUUCAGAAAAUGGACCCAAGAACGUCUAGCAAGACAAGAUCAUCUGUGGAUUAUCCAAUGGUUACAGCAACCUCAGUGAGUAUUGUGAAAAAGGCUGCCCCUUCAAGUGCUACUAAGAGUACCAAGCCGGAACCAAAAAGCAAUGUCAGAAGAUCAAAGGGUUCUUCAAUAUUAGACAGUAACUUAACUAGGCCAAGAAGAAUGGGCUUACAAGUUUCAAGCUCGGUUAACUUUCCACCAUCAAAAAUGUUGAGUUCGAGUGUUGGAGAACCAACAUUUGCAAGGCUGAAAAAGAAAGAGGGCAUUCAGGGGACAGUGCAAUCUCGGGUAUCUGCAUCAAAGAAAGCAACUCCUUGGCAGCCCGGAAACACCAAGCCUAGGGCUCCAAAUCCACCGACGCCGCCACCUCCACCACGUCGUCCAUCGAGAACAGCGAGCAAACCAAACACCGACGGCUCAUCAAUUGGUGGCAGAAAGCCAAAGUAAGCUGCUCACCAUGUUU